CAUUGCUGCUAUCCGGAAACUAUCUGGAAAUUACUGCGCUGAUACGUAUGCUUUGUACCAUGUACUUCUAGAUACUACUACGUACUUCGUACUUCGUCCCUAGUUUUUGUUCCGAGACAACACAGAUUCUACAACAGAUUCAUUGUUUCGAUUGAUGUUGCUACCAACCAGCAGCAUUCUAGCGUCACCGCCACAYCCAUUCCUUCUYCACAUCGCAACGGUGGCCCCGGCAGCGAUCCCAGGUACCAACACAUUCUUGGCRAGUAGCACCGGCAUCGGCAGCUCUUUCGAUUGGAACACGCUCGCCACUAUCAAGACAAUGGUUGGUUCUUCUUCGUCCUCGUCGUCUCCCGUCACGGUUGCAACCGUUGCGGCGGCGUCCGCAAUGGCGGGACUGAUCGCCGGAUACUAUUACCGAUCUGUCACGUCGUGCAGYCACCGCGAGCUCAAAACCCUAAAGGUUCCGGCCGUUUUGCUCAAGAGCCAGUACGGAAAGGAACUCAAGCUGGCYGUCCAGCUGGCAAUGGAAGGUAAGUUGCGUUGUAUUUGGUUACACCCAUAGUWCUUUGUGCCCGGCGUGUUUGGUUUUGCGCCGAAUGCUCUACGUCAUUUGCGCCGUUGAAUGCAUCUCUCAUCGUUCCUCAAAACCAAUUUUAUCAUAAACACGACGAUUCAUAAUGAUUCAUAAAUUGUGACGGCAAUGAAUUUUGCAAUAAACUGAAAAUYAUUUAAUGCAACAACUAAACCCAACGGAACGCAACAACUAAACGAAAUGGAAUGGAAUGCAAUGGAACAUCACGCACCAACACGCAAUGCACAGCCGGUUCCAACAUGGUAGAAUACCUGGAGGCGAAGGGGACCGCAGACGAGUCGUCCCUGGACCUGGGCAUUGAAACAAAAUCCAGCACUGCCGACUUUUGCACGAAGGUCGACGUCGAAAACGAGCGACUGGUCAUCGAGGGCAUYCGGGGUGCCUUUCCCGACCAUGMCAUCAUUGGCGAGGAGAGYGUGGGAACCGGAUCGAUCCCAGAGCUGGACGAAAACGUUCCAACUUGGAUCAUCGAUCCGAUCGACGGGACCACCAAUUUCUCGGCGGGCCUGCACUCGCUGACCUGCGUCAGCAUCGGGUUUUGCGUGGGCGGCAAGCCUGUAGURGGGGUCAUCUAUGCMCCCGGAACMAACGAGCUCUACGUGGCUGUUGAUGGGUGCGGCGCCUACCGGAACGGAAAGCAGCUGUUCCAGGAUCCACARCGGUCCACCAAAACGCUGGGAACCGCRGUGGUGUGCAACGAGAUGGGGUACACCCGCGACCAAUCCGACAUGGACGUCCUGUACGGGGCCCAGAAACGGCUCAUGAUCAGGGGAUGCAAGGCGAUGCGGCAGAUCGGGAGCGGCUGCCUCGAUCUGUGCUUCGUGGCCAGCGGCCGGUUGGACGUGGUCUAUGCGGGGCUCUGCACCGAGGGGUGGAAGCCGUGGGACUACGCUGCCGGGUUGCUGAUCUGCAAGGAGGCCGGCUGCACCAUGGAAUCCAUYGAGGCCCAGGCCGUGCCGGGUUGCGCGGGAUUCGAUUUGUACAGCUCCAGCGUCCUCUGCGGUGUAUCGAAAGAACUAGUGGACGAGGUCCGCUCGGUGCUGCUUGAAAAGUGAGAGAGUGGGUUCCUUCUUGGUUCGUUGAGAGGAUUUGAUCGAAUUGAAUUUGAUCAGACGGAAUCUUGUUGACUUCUUUGACUCRAUUCUGCCGUCUCCUAGGUACCUUACGGGGAUAUUUGGUUCGRCUCCUCAACUUCAGCAUUGAAAACCGGCUAGAGAGUUAGAACAUUCUAWUUYAACCAAAGGAUUCCAAUCUUGCUUUCAUUAUAUGUGKAGCAGUAGUGAUAUUAGAGUUCUUKUAGCRCAGAAAAACAUUUCUGAUAGUAGCAAGAAAGACUCCUWAUGGGAAUACGAUGAAACAWGUGAUAUUGUUSGUGCGUUGAUUCCUCCUUGAUUCGUUUGUAAGACUUGUAUUCGACUSGAUCGACUCAAUAAGUUCGAGCAAUGACCAUCUUAUUUUAUCGGGGGUCACAAAUCAACUUAGAAAUCGYCCCAACAUCUAUGGUUCAAAACWAUUUCUCGACCGUUGGCAGUCAGAAGAAUUUUCAACACAAUAAAUCGAUGUUCAAUAAUUAAGAGCGGGUGAC